AUGAAUAGGGUCAACAUUAGUGUGGCCAUGACAGCGAUGGCUAAUAGUUCAUACAGUACUUCCUAUGAUGUCUCCAACUCGACUGAACUAUGUCCUGCUAGGUCGGAACAUGAUUACCAAGAAAACAUUAGGACAGGAGAGUUUCCAUGGGACGCACAUACACAGGAGCAGAUCUUAGCCGCGAUAUAUUAUGGCUUUCCAGUUCUGCAGGUACCUGCUGGUGUAUUAGCUGAUAAAUAUCCUGGAUCGUGCUACUGGUUGAUAGGUUUUGGGUAUCUAGGAUCGGCUAUAUUUCAACUGUUUAUCCCUUUAGCAGCUUAUAACGGAGGAGCUCCAGUCAUCAUAACACUGAGAAUACUUGCCGGUCUUUCCGAGAGUGGAACGUACCCCUGUCUAUAUUCUAUGAUGUCCCGUUGGGCUCCCCCGGCAGAUAGAAGCAAGUUACUCGCUAUCAUCUUUGCGGGUUCAUCAGUCGGCCAAAUCAUUGCCCAACCAAUCUCGGGUAUUCUCUCUGAUUCCGACAUCCUUGGUGGUUGGCAGUUCACCUUUUAUAUUUUUGGUUCCAUAGCAGUGCUUUGGUGUUUCUUAUGGUUUGCUGUGGUCCAUUCCUCGCCCAUGACACACCCACGAAUAUCAGAAGAAGAGAAGAAUUACAUCAUAUCUGAACUCGGACUUGAAGAUAAGCCACCAAAGAAAUAUCCAUGGAAGCGUUUUAUUACGUCACUUCCUUUGUUGGCUGUGAUUGGUGCAGACUUCGCUCUUAUGUGGGUCCUCUACUCACUGACAUCUAACCUGCCUAUAUUCUUAAAAGAAGCUCUCCGAUUUGACAUUUCUCAGGCAGGCUUUUUGUCAUCAGUGCCACAUAUCGUCUUCUUUAUCUUCAUCAUUGGUGGUGGAAUAUUCGCAGACUUCCUUCUCACUCACACCAACUUCAGCUUGACCACCGUAAGGAAAUUGAUGACAACAUUGGGUAUUUUACCAUCGGGCAUUUUCCUCGUCCUGGCGGGCUAUGUAGGAUGCAAUGCAACUCUCGCCAUCACAUUCAUUUCACUGGGGCUGGCCUGUACUGGUUUGGCUUACUCUGGAUCGAGUCUCACUAUGAUGGAGUUUGCCACGCCCUAUGCAGGAAUGGUUGUUGCUAUAUCCAACUCAAUUGCAACAUUCACUGGUUUUAUUUCACCAGCGGUUGUUGCGGUCUACACAGAGAACCAGGCCGAUAUAGCGGGAUGGAGGUCAUUUUUCUGGGUGACAUUUUACAUUGCUGUUGCAGCAUGGUUUCUCUUCAUGGUCUUUGGGACUUCAGAACUGCAAUCAUGGGCAAAAUGUGAUCAAGCAGAGAAACUUAACAGUGAUCACCAAGAGACCAAGUAUGGAGGAAUAGUUGAUACUGAGAUAGCUUGUAAAACCGACAGAAAUGUGUUGCUACCCACUGACGACACCUGA